AUGGCUCAAUUCAUGAUUAAGCUACUCGUGACAAUUGCAUUAACAACCGCAAUCACAAUCGCCAUCAUCACAACCACAACCACCAAAACCACCACCACAACCGCAACAUUCGCUCUCGAAGAUCCUUUCAAAGAUGUUACACCUCCAGGAGCGGUUAAGAUAAGACCGAGUCGAUUCUUGGCAGAAAAAGUCGACCAGGGUCAAGGGCCAAAGGCUCGUAACCCAAACGCAGCUGACCAUUGCCACAAGGACCCAGAGAUCUGCAGCAGCAGCUACUACAGCACCGGAGCAAACGCUACAAUGGCUUGUUGCAACAACAAAUGUAUGGAUUUAUCAACCGACGACAAAAACUGCGGUGCGUGUAAGAACAAAUGCAAGUUCGGGCAAACGUGUUGUCGUGGUCAGUGCGUUUACGUGGCUUACGAUAAACGCCAUUGCGGUGAGUGUAACCAUCGUUGCGAUCUUGGCGAGUUCUGCGUCUACGGUCUCUGUAACUACGCGUGA